CAUAUCCACCAGGUACUGCAAGCUUGUUGACUACCAAUACUUUCUCCUUUGUUCCUAAUUAUGUCUUGGAAGACAGCUUUGAGGAUCCCCAGCAGCCUGUGGACAGCUCCUGUGGUGGUGAUGCUGGUGGUGCUGAGCACCCCAGUGACUGGGGGCAGAGACUCUCCAAGGGAUUACGUGUUCCAGUUUAAGGGCCUGUGCUACUUCACCAACGGGACGCAGCGGGUGCGGAGUGUGAACAGAUACUUCUACAACCGCGAGGAGUUCGUGCGCUUCGACAGCGACGUGGGGGAGUACCGCGCGGUCACCCAGCUGGGGCGGCGGAGCGCCGAGUACUGGAACCGACAGAAGGGCGAACUGGAGCGUGUGCGGGCCGAGGCGGACACGGUGUGCAGACACAACUACGAGGUGGCUGCCCCCUUUACCUGGCAGCGGGAAGCGGCACCGAUGGUGACCAUCUCCCUAUCCAAAACGGAGGCUGUAAACCACCACAACAUGCUCGUCUGCUUUGUGACAGAUUUCUACCCAGACAAGGUCAAAGUUCGGUGGUUCCGGAAUGACCAGGAGGAGACAGCUGGUGUCGUGUCCACCUCCCUCAUUAGGAAUGGAGACUGGACCUUCCAGAUAAUUGUGAUGCUGGAAAUGACCCCCCAGCGUGGAGAUGUCUACACCUGCCAUGUGGAGCACCCCAGCCUUGAGAGCCCUAUCACUGUGGAGUGGAGGGCACAGUCUGAAUCUGCCCAGAGCAAGAUGCUGAGUGGAGUUGGGGGCUUCGUGCUGGGGCUGAUCUUCCUGGGGCUGGGCCUUUUUAUCCAUCACAAGAACCAGAAAGGACUUCGUGGGUCUUCGCCAGCAGGGCUCUUGCACUGACUCCUGAGGGCACUUUGAUGGAGAUUGAUUUUUGCUCUUCUGUAAUGCCUGCUUGUCCUUAUCCAGAAUUCUCGAUGAGAGUCUUAUACAACUGUGACUCAGUCACCUUGUCAACUCCUGUGAUCCCUGCCCCAAGGAUGUGGCUGUGCUGUGGCUUUUAGCGCUGAUCCCAGAGCCUGUCUGUGCACUGCCAGCAGUAUUUCCUCUGUCUUUUAGGAAUUUUUCUGUUUCUGGUUCCCCUCCACAAGAAAUACAUUGAAUCCAUUAAUGUGGCUGUAAAGCUUUAUGAUAUUAAACAUGGUUA